UCGAAUUAAAAGUUUUUUCUGCCAAUAACAAGUGAUUUUUAUUGUUGCAGCCCAGCCCGCAGAUUGACAAAUUCUUGCUAUGAAAACAGGAAAACCGAAGAUUACCCAAGCCCCGAGAUCAACAUAACACCAAUAAAACAACGCAAACCAUGGCGAAGUUGAAGAAGCUUUACAUGAGCUCAAAUCUGGAGGACUUGGAAAAGUUCUCCAUUAUUCCGGAUCUGCGCAACAAGGGAAUGAAAAUCCUGCUGAACACCGCCCGCAAACUGUACAUGGCUGCCGAGGAACACAGACUGGAUGGCGACGAGGAACUGGCCUACAUCACCUACAUGAAGUACUUCAACAUGCUGACCGCGAUUCGCAAGAAGUCCGAUUAUGCCAGCCACAAGACGACUGUGCGCCAAGUGCUAGGCGACACCGAGUCGAAUCGCCGCAUUAUGGACUCAUUGGAGGUGAUAAUAAACUCCUUGCGACAGCGUUAUGCUGAGCAACGCCAGCCGGCAGAACGAAUUGGUUCCGAACUGGUCAGCAAUGGUCGAGAAAGUAUUGAGAUGCCGCCAAUACAGCCUACGGACUACGCCCGACUGGGGCUGAUCACCUGUCAGGAGCUGUACCGGCGCAUGCAGGAGAAAUCGGUUCUGGUCAUGGACUGUCGCUCGAGCGCCGACUACGAGAUAUCCCACCUCACCUACUACUGUGCAUUUAAUGUGCCCGAGGAGCUGAUAACACUGGGCAUGUCGGCUGGGAGACUGCAGGCUCGACUCAGCAGCAGUGGCAAGGCAUCGUGGGCUUCACGUUCCGUCAAGGAUUCGGUGGUCCUUAUUGAUUGGAACACCAAGGAUGCCCAACCGGCGACGAAUACAGCCAUUUCCACACUACUGGACAUCCUGAAGAACUGGGACCCCGAUGUGACGUACCGCGCUCCCAUACAGAUCGUGGAAGGCGGCUACGAGUACUUCAUUAUGAUGUACCCCACCCACUGCACCAAUCCCAGCGUGCAGGCGCCGCAGCAGAACAACAAUGACAUCGAUACCAUUGAUGACAUCGAGUAUCCCUCAAUCCACGACAUCACCAUGAAGGAGGACAUCAGUGCAAAGGACUUCAAGCCUCGUCCGGACUUUAAUCGCGCCAACAAGCCGGCGGCUACUCGCACCUACGAUCGGGGAGUGGCAAAGCCUCCAACGCAGGCCAAGCCGAUAGCCGAGAUUAUGCGUGAUCAGGCGGAGUUUCUCCAGCGAGCCGAGCAAAACGAUCACCAGUUGGAGAAGGCCGCUAGGAUGUGGAAGCGGCAGGCGGCCGAAGGCGAUGCCUUGAAUGAUAACGAAGGGCAGGAGUUACAUUUCAGAAUCUUGCAGCUGGAGAGCAAAGCCCGGGACUAUAUAGUUGAAAAUAAUCGUCUGCGUGAGGAACUAAGUCGCAUACAGGAGCAGCAAAAUGUUACCCAGCAACUUUCGCAGAAGGAAGUUGAGGCCACGAGGAACAUCGAGUCUAAGAUCCGGGAACGUCAGCUGUUGGAUGAGCAGCAUGAGAUGGAACGCCAGGAGAGGGAGCGCCUGCUGUCGAUCGCCCGCGAGACGAAAAAGCAUUACAAGUCACCCCAACCUCCGAGUCCUCCAUCGCCAAGCGAAAAUUUGGAGGACUUGCAGGAUCUUUCCGAUCUGGAGUCUCUUCUCCAGCGGACUAACGAGGAUCCGCCACUUGCACACAGCCAGGUGGAGAGGCCCGCAUUCGAUAGGGCGAUGAAACCGCAGCCAAGAAGUGUCGAGAAAACAUCGCAACGGGUCCGUGAUUUCUCGCCCGUAAUGGGUCAAAAUGUGGGUCGUGGAUUGACGGGCCUGAAGAACCUGGGAAACACCUGCUAUAUGAAUAGCAUCUUGCAGUGCCUAAGUAAUACGCCUCAGUUGACAGAAUACUGCAUCUCAGAUAAAUACAAGAACAACAUCAGCAGAAGUAACAAGACCAAUGGCCAGGUGAUUGAGGAGGUGGCUGCCCUCAUAAAGGAGCUAUGGAACGGCCAGUACAAGUGUGUAGCCAGUCGGGAUUUAAGGUAUGUUGUAGGUCAGUACCAAAAGAUCUUUCGCGGCGUUGACCAGCAGGACUCGCACGAGUUUCUAACCAUCUUGAUGGACUGGCUCCACUCGGACCUCCAAACGCUGCAGGUGGCCCGUCAGCGCGAAAUGAUCAGUGCUUCGGAGAAGGCUUGGUUGGAGUUUACCAAGGCCAAGGAGAGUAUGAUUCUGCAUUUAUUCUACGGCCAGAUGAAAAGCACUGUCAAGUGUGUCGCCUGCCACAAGGAGUCGGCCACAUACGAGAGCUUCUCGAAUCUCAGCCUGGAGCUGCCGCCCAACUCGAAUGUGUGCCAGCUGAACCAGUGCAUGGACAUGUACUUUAGUGGGGAGCGCAUACACGGCUGGAACUGUCCAAAUUGUAAAACUAAAAGGGAUGCCAUCAAGAAGCUCGAUAUAUCGAAGCUGCCCCCAGUACUGGUGGUGCAUUUGAAGCGGUUUUACGCAGACCCCAGCAAUUCGGGUGCUUACAUGAAGAAGCAAAACUAUCUGCGCUUCCCACUGGAGAAUCUAGAAAUGAAUCCCUACAUAGCCCGGGCGGAAUCGCGGGCGGUUACGCCCAAGACCUAUCAGCUCUACGCCGUUUCCAAUCACUAUGGCACCAUGGAGGGCGGCCACUACACGGCCUUCUGCAAGAGUGCCAACUACGGAAAGUGGUUCAAGUUCGACGAUCAGAUCGUCUCGACUCUGGACUCUUCGAACGUCGUCUCCAGCGCGGCAUACAUUCUCUUCUACACCUGGCUGCCGCCCAUGCAGGUGCCCUUGUAGGCACAUCGCUCGAUUUCCUUUCGGCUUUCCACUUUUCAUUUUAAUUGUGUUUUUGUUUAUCUCUCAUUUUUAUAGUUUGUAAGGUCUAGUCGCCACACCUUUUUAUCAUUUACCAAUUACCGUUUAACUGUUGCUAUUUAAGAGGAUAAUCACAUGUUUGUUGUUGUCAAGGAGCUUAGGCCGGAGGGAUAGUAUUACGCACGGGGGCGUAUUUUCUAUGGGUGCGGACUGCAUUACCUAAAACCGAGAACUUCAAGUGCAUUACCAGUAUAACAAAGAGAAGAUCACAUAUACGUUCGUUUAUGUGGGACUAUAGUUUAUUUUGCAAUUAUAUUUUUAAACCAAAUAAACGAAAUGAAAUUUCUGAUAAAUAAAUGAUUGAUCACUUAACAAA